GAGUUUUAUCAGGAUUAUGUUAUUAAGCUAAGUGCUAAUGCCGAGGCUGUUCAAGAGUGCAUCGCAGCACUCAUGUCUAAGAAUAAGGAGCAGGUAAUUGCUAUGCGAACUCAAGAAGCAGAAGAAAUAAGAUUUAAGGUAGGUGAAACUGUUUAUAAACAGGUAGCCAAGACAGCUCGAGCAGAUAAAACCAAACCUGUCUUCAAAGGAUCUUACAAGAUUCUGUACUUACACCCUAACAACGUUGUUAAGAUAAUUGAUAUUUACGAACAGAUAGAUUUGAGUUUAAAGAUAAUUCUUGAUAGAUUUAUGUUGUUAGAAGAUGCCAUGACUUAUGCCCCCUUAAAAAAAAUGCAUACUAGUAUUAUAAGUCCUCAGAAUCUUAUAGAAAAACUAAGGAACUUAGAGAACGGCGACGUGAAGAAUCUUGGCUUGUAUGUUGACAAACAGUCAAUUAAGUUUAAAGCUUACAGUACAGAACACUCUGUCAAUUUUAUACUUGAAAUCCCUACUGUCGCCUAA